AUGCUACGCGGGUCCUCAGGCUUCAUGCAAAUGUUCGCCAUCUCAUGUUACCCCGGCACUUACCAAGACAACAAUGAAUGCGCUUAUGUGUCUUCGCAGUGGUCGAAUUCGACAUUCCAACAGCUUUCUCCUGUCGGCUACUUUGGUCCUACAGAGGAAUCCUGCCUUCCAAUCGCCAUGAGCCAUCGGCCUCGCACAUGUACGCUAGGGCCAGCUCCAGUGUAUACCAUCAAUGCAACAGAGCCCGAUGAGGUAGCAGCGGGUAUCAAAUUUGCACAGGAGAACCACGUUCGUCUCGUGAUUAGGAAUACGGGGCACGACAUGUUAGGGAAAUCUGAAGGCUAUGGAGCAUUGCAGAUUUGGAUCAAGUACAUUCGAAAGGGAAUCUCUUUCCAAGAAAUAUAUAAUUCCUCGAAUGGAUGUACGAGGAGCGACUGGGCUGGGUCCGCCAUUGUUAUUGCUGGGGGCUAUAUAUGGCAAGAGGUAUACAAAGUUGCGUUUGAACGCAAUCUCACGGUUGUUGGCGGGGGAGAUCCGACCGUUGGUUGUAUUGGCGGUUACACGCAGGGUGGGGGACACUCGCCAGCCAGUCAUGACUAUGGGCUUGCCGCAGACCAAGUACUCGAGGCCCAAAUUGUAUUGGCAAAUGGCGAGAUCGCCACGGCCAAUUCUUGUCAGUUCUCGGAUCUGUACUUUGCCAUUCGAGGUGGAGGGGCCGGUACUUACGGCGUAGUCACGUCGAUGACCGUCAAGGUAUAUCCCAGCAAACCUGUUGUCGCACAGUCCCUCGCAAUUACUCCACUGGCCAAUGACACAGACUCACUCUUAGACGCGAUUACCGAUGUCUACCAGCAAUAUCCCAACAUCAUGGAUGCAGGAUUCUCCGGCUAUGGCUCCUGGUCUAUUAACAGCCCCAUGGCUAAUCAAACAGCCGGCUAUAUGCACGUUGUCGCCGCUAUGAACAAGUCUCUUGUCCAGUGUCAGAAAGACUUUGAUCCACUUUUUCAGACAUUACAGAAGUAUAAUGGCUCUUCACUUCGUAUAUUGGUGGUGUGGUAUGAGUUCAAAACGUAUGGGGCAUACUUCCAGGCCAUGUCUGGUGUAUCCCAGUCAAUUGGGGCUGCGUCCCCUAACUCCGCCAUGACAUCACGAAUGUUUGGCAAAGUUGCUUUGACGACCAGUCGGACCUCCCUUCGCCACAUGAUCGGUACCAUUGCGGGCAAUUCCGAGGAAUUUACAUUCAAUACCGUCGAGCUUGUCGGGGGUGGAAAGGUUCUGACUGACGCGUCUGACAAAUACUCCAGCGUGAAUCCCGCCUGGCGGUCUACCUACAUUGUCAGCAUUGUGGCAAGAUCUUGGACUAAUCAUUCAUCUGCUGAAACUGUCAAAGACGAUAUCACUAAUAUCAAGGGAGGGGCUAUGAGAGCGCUCGAACCGUUGCUCGGGAGCUAUAUGAAUGAGGCCGAUCGCAACGAUCCCCUAUGGGCGACGAACUUUUAUGGUACAAAUUAUGUGCUGUUAACACUCAUCAAGGCAAAGUACGAUCCGAGAAGUAUAUUCUACUGCCCGACGUGCGUGGGCAGCUCAUCGUGGUUUCAGCGACAUCUGGGUGGAGCAGCCUACGGCCCACUUUGUCCAACUGGGCUGUGA